UAAAAAAAAAAAAGGGACACAAGUUCAGCAUUUCGACCAAAAUAACGGACUUUUUCCCCCUCCUCUAGUCUUCAUAAGUAAAACACGAGAAGAAUGCAUGUUGUUGCGAACUAAUUUGAAGUCAUUGUAGAAGUUGCAGGCGCUGGUAGCCGUCAGGAAUCCGCAAGUUUUCUUUCUUUCUUUCUUUCUUUUCAAUUUGUGUUACGUACUGAGUUUCUUUUGGAAGCAUGUUUUGACGACGUGCAGACUGCGUGAAAUUUCAAGACAAAACGACCUCUUGCUGAUACUUUAACUCGAGCAACGAGAUGGCACGGUGGAGGCUGAAAGUGCUGCUGCGACUGCUGCUGCUGCUGGCGGUGCUGCUCUUCAACGCCAGCACACAGGCCGCGGCGGGGGGGACGGAGAAAAAAGUCAAUCCGGAGUCUUGGCUGCAACAAUAUGGUUACCUUCCCCCAGGGGACAUGCGGACCCACACUCAGCGUUCCCCUCAGUCCGUCUCCUCAGCCAUCGCCGCCAUGCAGAGGUUCUACGGCCUCACGGUCACCGGCUCUUUUGACACCAACACCAUCGAGGCAAUGCAACGACCUCGCUGCGGUGUGCCAGACAAGUUCGGUGCUGAGUUGAAGACCAGCUUGAGGAGAAAGCGUUAUGCCAUCCAGGGCCUGAAGUGGACUAAGAACCAAAUCACAUUUUCAAUACAGAACUACACACCAAAGGUGGGCGAGUACGAGACCCACGAGGCCAUCAGGAGAGCCUUCAAGGUGUGGGAGAGCGUCACCCCGCUGCGAUUCACUGAGAUUCCCUACCAUUACAUCCGGGACAAGGUGGAGGAGUUUGCGGAUAUCAUGUUAUUCUUCGCUGAGGGUUUCCACGGCGACAGUAGCCCUUUUGACGGCGAGGGAGGCUUCCUGGCACACGCUUACUUUCCCAGUCCCGGCAUUGGGGGGGACACCCAUUUUGAUGCAGCUGAGCCUUGGACCAUUGGAAACCGGGAUCUGAUGGGCAAUGAUAUAUUCCUGGUUGCCGUGCACGAGUUGGGCCAUGCUCUCGGUAUGGAGCAUUCCAGUGACCCCUCAGCCAUUAUGGCUCCCUUUUACCAAUGGAUGGACACUGACAACUUCCAACUUCCCGAAGAUGACCUCAGAGGCAUACAACAGCUUUACGGUGGGGUAAUCAAUUUGGAACAUCUCGAUUUUCCCAAGCAGGCGGGAGAGGACUAUAACUCAUUUCUACUUUGCCCACAAUUUCCUCUUUCAGGUACGGGAUCAGGCCCUCAGCCCCCAUUUGUGACACCUCGAAUCCCAACUGACACAACUCCCAGCUAUACACCAGACAAACCUCAUUUCGGCCCAAAUAUUUGCGACGGACACUUUGACACCAUCGCCAUCCUCAGAGGAGAAAUGUUUGUGUUCAAGGAUAAGUGGUUCUGGCGAGUGCGAAACAACCAAGUGAUGGAUGGCUACCCCAUGCCUAUUGGUCACUUCUGGAGGGGACUUCCUACUCUCGUCAACGCUGCUUUUGAAAGAGAGGAUGGGACAUUUGCUUUCUUUAAAGGUGACAGAUACUGGGUGUUUAGUGAAUCCGUUCUCGAUACUGGCUACCCCAAGAAGCUAAGAGAAAUGGGGACCGGGCUCCCGAAAGAUCGGAUAGACGCCGCACUUUAUUACACUCCCACUGGACAGACAUACUUCUUCAGAGGAGACAAGUAUUACCGUUAUAACGAAGCGUCGCGGAGUGUUGACGAUGGUUAUCCAAGGCCCAUCAAUGUCUGGCAAGGAGUGCCCGACAAUAUCAAGUCAGCCUUCAUGAGCAAAGAUCAAGCGUACACCUACUUUUAUAAAGCCAACAAGUAUUGGAAGUUCAACAAUCAGAUGAUGCGAGUGGAGCCCGGCUACCCAAAAUCCGCUCUGCGGGAUUGGAUGGGUUGUCCCAACGAAGACCCCAAGACGGACGGAGGAAGAGGCGGCCACGACAAAGACAAGGAACAGGACCACAACAACGACGACGACAAGGACAGAAGCCGAGACAGGGAGACAGACAAGGAGAGGGAGAGAGAGAGAGAGAGGGAGAGGGAGAGGGAGGAAACCGAGACAAAGGUGGAUCGGGAAGAGGACGUGGAGGAUACGGAAGUGAUCAUUAUCGAGGUGGACGAGGAAGGAAGGGCGGGAAGCGGAGUGGGGGCGGCAGCCGUGGUCAUUCCUUUGUUCCUGUUGGUGUGUGUGAUCGCAACGCUGGCCGCUUUAGUGUUUCUCCGUCGCUAUGGCACUCCUCGCCGACUCCUCUACUGCCAACGUUCCUUACUGGACAAGGUGUAGUUGGAACAGGAGAGGAGGAUCCAAAGAAAGAGAAACAAAUGGAAGGUGAUGUUGGACAAAAUAAGAUCAAAUGUGAAGAAGAGCAGCGCGCUUCAUUGUUGAAACCACUGCGAGGUUCUUUUUUUGCUCUGUCACGCACGCAACCACUCGGCCCUUCCAUUUGGUUCUCUGUCCUUGUGGGGACUGACGCCAGCUCGCUCACGGCUGUUUGUUUGUUUUAGCCUUUUUCAAUGUCUACUUGUCAAGUUGACGUCAUCGGUCAGCGUUUGUGGCCUCGAUUGGAGCAUGUUCCUCGUGUAAGCAAAUUGUGUGCUUGACCCCCCCCCCCCCCCCACGCACCAGCAAUAUACUGUACAACACACACACACGGUUCCUUUUGCACA